CGAUAUAUGCUCUCCAAAUCGACGGUUCAAAACAUUCCAUGUCAGCCAUCCUCGCACUUCCCUUCUGCCCAAUAAUAACCCGUCUAUUGAAACUAUAUAUUGAAAGCGCAUUCGUUUCCUCUUAUUAUCGUUUCUUCGCUCUCUGCAAUUUCGCCUCGCCCAUUCUUUUCCUUUCUACUUUCUCUCUCUUUAUAGUGUCCAUUAUCUCUCUCUAAGCUCUGCGAAAUUCAUCAAUGGCGCCCAAAGCCGAGAAGAAGCCCGCUGAGAAGAAAGUUGCAGAGAAAGCCCCCGCUGAGAAGAAGCUCAAGGCUGAGAAACGCCUUCCUUCAAAAGAGGGAGGAGCUUCAGAUAAGAAGAAGAAGAGGUCGAAGAAGAGCAUCGAGACGUACAAGAUCUACAUCUUCAAGGUCUUGAAGCAGGUUCACCCUGAUAUUGGUAUCUCCUCUAAGGCCAUGGGCAUCAUGAACAGCUUCAUCAAUGACAUUUUUGAGAAGCUUGCUCAGGAGGCCUCCAGGCUUGCUCGCUACAACCAGAAGCCCACCAUCACUUCCAGGGAGAUUCAGACUUCUGUUCGUUUGGUUCUUCCUGGUGAGCUUGCUAAGCAUGCUGUUUCAGAAGGGACCAAGGCUGUUACCAAAUUCACCAGCUCUUAGGAAUAAUUUCCACAACGCCUUGUCAUUGUUAAGUCACGAUUCAGGAACCGCCAAUCGGGCGGUUUUAAUGUGUAAACCGCCUUGACAUCAGAACUGCACGGGCGGUUUUAAACAGUAAACCGUCCUGACAUUAGAGCUGCAAGGGCGGUUUUAAACAGUAAACUGCCCUGACAUCAUCAACCGGCGGUUUUGAUGUCACCACUUCGACACUUCGACACGGACAUGUCGCCCUAACAUCAUCAACCGGCGGUUUUGACAUCACCACCCUGACAUGAACAUGCCCUGGCAUCAUAACCGAAACCUCUUAAACAGUUAACCACCUUGACAUCAUCAACCGGCGAUUCUGGUCACCACUUCGACAUCGACACAUGGACUAGUCGUCCGGACAUCAUCAACCGGCAGUUCUGACGUCACACUUCGACACGGACACGUCACCCUAACAUCAUCAACCAGCGGUUCUGACAUUACCACUUCGACACGAACACACAGACACGAAUCGAUGGUUCUGAUGUCACCACUCCGACAAGAACACACGGACACGUGCGACAAGCAAACAUGUGCCACAUACCACGUGUGAAGUUGCCCCAAUGUUUCUGCAAGUAUACUUUACUUCAUAUUAUAUAAGUAUUUCUAUAGCAAUGUUGAAUACCCAUCUUUCGAUGUGGGAUAAUUCUCAAACAUCAUAAAAUGAAAAAGGAAUGUAAAUAUAUUUUAUUAAUCAUGAAUUAAUAAUCACA